AUGCAGGCCAGUGAUAGAUUCAACAUCAAUUCCCAGCUUGAGCACCUUCAGGCUAAAUAUGUGGGAACUGGGCAUGCUGACUUAAAUAGAUUUGAAUGGGCUGUGAACAUUCAGCGUGAUAGCUAUGCAUCAUAUGUUGGACAUUAUCCCAUUCUAGCUUACUUCGCUAUAGCAGAAAAUGAAUCCAUUGGAAGGGAACGCUACAACUUUAUGCAGAAAAUGCUAUUACCUUGCGGCCUUCCUCCAGAAAGAGAAGAUGAUUGAAAUCGUAUUAGGUUGUGACAAGAGAUUUUAGUACUCUGGAUCUUCAUGGGGUUAACGAACUUAUCCUUUCGUGAGCUAACUCUGUGUCUGCUCAGAAGCAAUGAAUGGGA